GUCAAACCAGAAACAUCUACCCAAAGGUUUUAUUAUCCAGUAAAACCUAAGAGGCAGCAGGUUUAUACCACAACAAUCAACCUGUCUGAGACGGUGUGAGCACAGAGCUGAAGACAGAUCGCCUUUUGCUUUGCUUUUUUACAUCUUGCCAAGAUGUGGACAAGAGGGCAGAACUCGAGCCAGUUAGCCACCAGGACAUCAUGUUUCUCCCUGGUUCACCAGUACAUUCUACAUUUUAAUGAGGUGUCUGGCAGCAAGUCUGUUGCAAUCCGGAGAAGAUCCAAGACCCCCGGGGUGAUGAUUACACAGUAUACAGCAACUUUGCCUGAGGGUAAAAGCACUCCAGACAUCCAGUGCAAACCCAUGCCAGUUAGUGUCAAGGAAGGAAAUCUAGUUGUUUUCAAGGCUGUGGUGACAGGGGACCCAAAACCAGAUGUUUCAUGGAGAAGAGCUAAAGGAAAUCUAGCAGACAAGGAAAAGUUUCAAAGGAAAUAUGAUGAAUCGACAGGAGAACACAUACUAGAGAUUCAUAAAUUGUCUGCAGCAGAGGCUGAUACAUACAAAUGCUAUGCUGUGAAUGAAUAUGGGAAAGCUGUCUGCACCACAACAUUAAACGUUAUUGAUGGCUCAACAAACCCUGAAGAUUUCAGAAAGCUGCUAAAGAAAAGUAAAGUACAGACACCCGGUGGAGAGAAUGAUGAAACUUUCUGGAAUGCAAUGCUAAGUGCUGACAAAAGAGACUACGAGAGCAUCUGUUCUGCGUACGGUGUUGCAGACUUAAACAUGGUCCUCAAAAAGCUUGAAGAGAAAAAGAAACAGACAGAAAAAAACAAACACAAGGAUGGUGUAAUUUCCUUCAAUGUGGAUGCAGAAGAACAGGGUAUACAGAGUCUUGGAAGGAAAAACUUCAUGAGAAUUGAAGGCCUUGUGCAAAAUGACUCAGCGAUGUCUAUAGGGGAUGUUGGAGAGGCUAACUGCCACAAUAGACAGCUAAGUCAAGUAAAUGCUGACAGGGACCUGCUCCUUAAAGAAUUCAAACUUUCUAAUGUGGAUUUUGUGAUCAAGAUUCAAGAGAUAAAAGCUGAAGAAAAUGAUGAUGCGCUCUUUGAGUGUGUGCUGACACACCCUCUACCUAAGAUUACAUGGAUGAGAAAAGGUAUCGUCCUGGAAGAUGGGGAGAAAUACAAUAUAACUCUGUCUGACAACAAGCUCAUCCACCGGCUUCUCAUUAGGGACUGCUCUAAACUGGACAAAGGAAUCUAUUCUGCUAUAGCAGGAAUUACUUCCUGCAGUGCAUGGCUUGUGGUGGAAGAUCAGUGCAACCCUCCAGCUGGUGGUAGGAAAACUAUCCGCAAAUCGGCAACAGCUGCAGGAGCUCAGACUGACCUGGAGAAAGUGGCCAAAGAGCGGCAAAUAAAAAUCCAAGAAGAAAUGGAGAAGAUUUUAAAAGCUGUCAAAGGAACAUACACAGAAGCAGAAAAACAAAAAGAAGAAAUGUUAACUGGUCGAGCCGACUAUGGUGGAAGUGAUAAAAAAAGUAAAAUACAUAGGAAAAACACCAAGGAUGGCACUGCAACAACAUUUGAGGAUUCUGGGUGUGUGACAGAAGCAGGACAGCAACUGAGAGCAGGUGACCUGAAGAAGAAAAAACCCACCAAAGGUCUAGUUGGUUGUAACACAAUGACAGAUCCUAUUGAGGGAGAACUCUCAGAGGAGGGCCAGGAUGCUGAACCUGAGACUGAUUCCAUACAUGUACAGCAAGAUCAAGAAGCAGAGUGUGAUGCAAUCAGUGAGAAACAGCUCAUAGAAAAUGAUGUUGUCCAACAAUUGAAUCAGUUCAGAGGAAAACAGAAUUUUAAUAAGUCAGCAACAACUCAAAAGAAAACAAAGAAUGUCCACUGGAAAGAACAGGCAUCAGAUUAUGGACAAGUAAGUGAUGAUGAGCUAAAUAACAGUGAUGAGAACGAGGACUCUGCUGACCAGGGAACGUACCAACGAAGUUUAAAGCAAAGCAAGAAGCCAAAACAUGCAGAUAAUGGCAAGUGUGUGUUUCCUGAAGACCAUGGUGACUGUGAUGAGGCUGAAAAUAUGAGCAACUCUUUCAACCAUACAAGACUUAAAAGACAAGUCCCUCUGAUUGCAGAUUCAGUGAUUGAUCCUGGCGUUCAGUUCAUCUGGGGUUUGUCAGAUGUUGAUGCAAUCAUCCAUGAGAGUGCUGAGUUAACAUGUAAGCUCAGCAGUGAGGACUGUGAGGGAGUCUGGUUCAGAGAUGGAAAAAAGAUAUACCCAGAUGAUAAUUUUUCCAUCACUAUGGAAGGACCCAUCCAUAAUUUAGUGAUAAAAAAAUGCACUGAGGAACACUGUGGGAAAUACCGCUUUGAAGCUGAUGGUCGUAAGACAGAGGCAAUGAUCAACGUCAGAGAUCCUCCAAGGUUUGACUCAGAAGACCUCAGUGCUUUCACCCGGCCUUUGACAGUUAAAGUGGGACACAACGCCAUCUUUAAACUGCAGUUUAUUGGCCACAAACCUAUAAAAGUUCAGUGGUACCGAGACGGAGAUGAGCUGCAAGAUAACAACAGUAUAAAGAUAGAAAAAUCUACCAGUCACACCCGCUUGCUCCUGAGCAGAUGCCAGAGAAGGGACACUGGAGAGAUCAAGAUAAAGAUAAAGAAUGACCAUGGCUUUACUGAGGCGGUAUCGCAGCUUAUUGUGCUUGACAAGCCAUCCUCUCCCCUGGGUCCUGCAGAGGCUACUGAGAGUUCCGCUUCAUGCAUUGAAUUUAAGUGGCGGCCUCCAAAGGAUGACGGUGGUUCACCAGUGACUAACUACAUACUUGAACGUCAGCAAGUGGGACGAAACACCUGGAAGAAAAUGGGUGAAAUACCAGGCAUUCCCGUCUACCGGGACACAAAUGUGGAUCGUGGGCAAAGGUACUGUUAUCGCAUCUGGGCAGUAAAUUCAGAAGGAACGAGUGAGGUGAUGGAGACAGACGAAAUGCAAGCUGGCAAGUUUGCUUUUCCAGGGCCUCCAACCCCUCCCAAGGUAGUCAGUGCAUUUAAUGAUUGCAUCAACCUUUCAUGGUCUUUACCAGCUAGCAAUGGAGGGUCACGUCUCCUGGGCUAUAUUUUAGAGAAGCGCAAACAAGGAAGUAAUAUUUGGACCGUUGUGAACGCAACAGAUGAGAUAAUAAAAGAUACAAAGUAUGCAGUGAGGGAUGUAGUGGAAGGUAUGGAAUAUGAGUUCAGAGUUUGUGCCAUAAACCUCUCAGGAGCUGGUGAAUAUAGCAACGCAUCAGACUUUGUUUUUGCACGGGAUCCUAAAAAGCCUCCUGGUAAAGUAACAGGCCUGAAGGUGAUAGAAACAUCUUACACCAACAUGGUUGUGACAUGGACUAAACCUGAGGACAAACCAGGCAUUCAGGAUGAAGCUAAAGGAUAUUUUGUUGAGAUCCGGCGGGCAGAUUGGAUUGAAUGGUCACGUUGUAACAGCACCCCUAUUAUCAUGACUUCCUAUAAUGUGAAGGGCCUGAAGUCUAUGGAUAUGUACUGGGUGAGAGUCAUUGCUAUGAAUGAUGGGGGAGAAAGCACACCUGAGGAACUGCCAAACUACAUAUUUGCAAUGCCUUUGCCUGUAAGACCAAGGUUCACAAACAACAAGAUGAAGAGUUUCAUGGUUGUGAGAGCAGGGAACUCUGUCCGGAUAAGAGUCAAUUUUGAGGCAUCCCCACGGCCAGAGAUUACAUGGUUAAAAGACAAUGUGCCAGUGAUGAAGCAUGUUACAAUCAGUAAUUCUGAUGGUGCAUCUCAGCUGUUGAUUCCCACUUCUGAGCGCUCAGAUUCAGGCAUCUACUCUGUCUUGGUGAAAAAUAUUGUUGGACAGGAAACCUUUUGUACGGAGGUCAGGGUAACAGAUGAUCCAAAGCCUCCUGGACCAGUGGAACUGGAAGAAAGUGUUCCUGGGACUGUGACUUUGAUCUGGCAACCUUCUCCUGAUGAGAAGCGUGAUGAUCGUCUCCACUACACAGUGUCCAAACUGGACUCCACUAACCACACAUGGACCACAGCGGCUGAAAGGCUCUUCAAUAAUAGGUUUACACUUUGCAACAUUUUGCAAGGGAGGGAGUACCAUUUCCGAGUGUACGCCAAAAAUGACAUGGGUAUAUCAACGCCCUCAGAAUCCCCAACCUGGGGAAUGGCAAAAAAGAAAGAAAAAAUUGUGAAAAUCGAACCAAGAAGUAAGGACUGUGAUUUGCGAUGCACUCCAACCUUCAUUGUACUUUUGAAGCCUCAAACUGCAACAGUAGGUUAUGAGUGCCAUAUGAGCUGUGCAGUGAAGGGAAACCCCACACCUCGUAUCACUUGGUAUCGAAGCCAUGUCAGCAUAAACACAGAUACCAACUAUUACAUCUCCAACACGUGUGGCGUCUGCUCCUUGCUGAUCCUUCGUGUGGGUCCCAAAGACGUAGGAGAGUAUACCGUCGUUGCAGAAAAUAGCUUAGGACGAGCUGAAUGCUCCACAGUGCUCAGUGUCAGAGAGUAAAGAAGCUGAAGAUACCACUGUUCAAAAAUCAUCUGUCCAGAGCAGGGUGAUGAGAGAGGUUGUUAUACACUGAAAUAAUAUGGAUGCAAUAAUACUGUUGGAAAAUAAAGGAGCUGCAAUAAUAAA